GGUUUACUAACGGAGAUAUUAGGAAAUCGAUAAAAUAUGACGUCAUUCGUCUCGCCUUCUUCAUAGUCAUCGCCAUUUUUGCCACGACUGAUGUGGUAGCACAUACAGGAGAAAUCAGACAAUUUUCUAGUGGAUAAAGGAUAGCAUUGUCAAAAUAUUUCCGUUCAUAUGAAAGUUAAAGUCGUUAAGACACUCUAGGUUAAUGAUUUGAUCCUUGGUUCAUCCUAUUUGCUGUGAAUUUCAUGUCCCUUGAAAGUGAACCAAAUCAACACUUCAUCUUUGAAGGUUGAUGAAUGGCAAUGGGCCUGGAAAUCGACAACAAAGAAAGAUAAACUUCUACUGCUGUUGAAAUAUUAAAUAUGGAGGAAAACAUAGCCAACUCUGAAGUCCCUAUUAGUAUGGGAACUGAGAAAGUUAACACUACCAGUGAACAUGAUGUUGAUAUGCAUGCUGACUAUGCAGAACCCAUGGACAGUAAUCAACAGCAAACACCUGAACACUUUCACUCUGGAAAUGAAACUGUGGAUGAUGAUGACGAAUCUGAAAGUACCACUACAGCUGUAUAUGAAAAUGACAUUCAAGCUCAUACCACUGAUAUAGAAAAUAAAGAGUUUAUCUCAGAAACAACGGAGAAUGAUCAAAGAGAUGUUGUUGAAACUGAUGGAAACCUAGACAUAGAACCAUCAGCUGAUGAGGCUGAUAUUGAACAAUUGACUGAUGAAACUAAAUAUCUUGAACAAUCAGCCAAUGAAAGCCAACAUGAACAAUCAGUCGAUGAAACAAAUAUUCAAACUGAUGAUAACUUGGAAGAGGAACAACAUGAUGUAGAUCAUGAAAAUGUAGAGCAUGAACUUAGUGAAUCUGAAGUUACUCAAUGUGACCAAUAUAAUAUAAAAGAGGAUACAAACAAUGAGGAAGCAUAUGAAAAUAUGAACACUGUUAAAAUGGAAAAUGAAACUGAGAUACAUGAUGAUACUACCAAGGUAAAAGAAGAAUGUUCUACUGAACCAAGUUUAGUUGAAAUUCAAAAGGAAAUUGAACAACAUAAUGAACAAGUUGAUAUAAAAGAAGACAUUAAAGUUGAAGUAAAAAAGGAAGUUGACAAUGAAGUUGAGCAAGUUGAAGAGGAAAUGGAAGAUGGAGAGUUGGAGGAUGGUGAAUUGGAUGAUGAUGGGGUUGAGGAGGAAGUCCCUCCUCCCCUCCCACAAGAUGACCCUCCACCUAUGCCCCCUGCUCCUGAACAAGAUGCCCCUAUGCCAAGUGGAGGGGACAGUGCAGCAGGGUCUGACAAUGAUGAUGAGAAACAAUCAAGGAGACGCAAGAGGAGGAAGAAGAAAAAGAACAAAGAGAAAGAUGACAAGGAACAUAAGAAAAGCAGCAGGCAUAGCAAGAAGCGGCCCAGAUAUGUUGAUCACGAUCACAUAGACAAUGACUUUGCUGCUCUUGAUGCCCAGCAACCUUGGGGCAACAAACGUUCCAAGAGAUCUUCACCACCAGGUCCCUAUGACAGCCCUGAUGCCUCCCCAGAGAGAGAUGCCACAACUUCAAAGUCCUAUGGUGGAGGAGGUCUUUAUGGUUCUGGAUACAAGAGUCCACCAGGACCAUAUGAUAGUCCAUAUCAGAGUCCACCUGGUCCUUAUGACAGUCCAUCUGACACUGAAGCAAAUGGGUAUGAUGAUUCUCGGGGUAAGCGUAGUAUGUUAAGCAUGGUGAAUGACAACUACUUUGAUCCCAGCGUAGCUGCAUCUGAGAAACAAGCACCAAGUGGAAUGUAUGAGAAAAAACAGCGUGGAGGCAAGAAGCAACCCUCACAGAAGAAAAUUGAGAAACGACGGCAAUAUUUAGAGAGGCAGAACCAAAGGAGAGGGGGAGAUGGUGGCAAUACUGGCAAAAUUGGCAUAUGUAAAUUUUACCUUGAAGGAAAUUGCCAAAAGGGCAACCACUGCAACAUGAAUCAUGUACAACAGGGGGAUGAGUGCCAGUUUGACCACAAUGGUGAGCUGAUCAAGAGACCAGAAUUGUGCAAGUUCUACAUCACCAGUAUUUGUCAGAAGGGGGAGAAUUGUGUCUACAUGCAUGGUGAUUAUCCAUGCAAGUACUUCUUCUUGGAAGACAAGCGCUGUUUUGCUGGGGAUGACUGUAAAUUCUCCCAUGAGCCACUAAAUGACGUCACUGGACCAAUUAUAGAAAAGAUUCGCCAGGAAAUUGAUGAGGAAAGAAAGGCGAAAAAGAAAAAUAGUUUGCUAGGAUCUCCUCCGAGACUAUCAGAGGAACUUCAAGCUAAACUUGAGGCACAGAAGAAGAUUCCUUCUCUGUUUGAUAUCCAAACAUUUGCUCCUGGUACCAGUCCCCACAAACCCAUGACAGCUAUGAACAACCAAUCGGGUGCAGGAGACAGUGGCAAUAUGGGUGGCAAUAUGGGUGGCAGUGGUGGCAAUAUGGGUGGCAAUAAUAUGGCACAAAUGGGAAAUAGAAUGCUCAGGCCAAAUUUCUAUGCUGAUAUGAGUUCACCAGCCCGACCAGGAGGUCCUAUGGGGCCCCCAGGAAUGGGAAUGUCCCCAAUGCGUCCUAAUGUUCCCAAUCCCCUGGGUAUGAUGAUGAAUAGUCCCUUGGGUGCUGCAUUGACCAUGGCAGCAGCUGCCCAGGCCCAGGGCUUCUAUAACAACUUCUACAACCAGGGGGGCCAGCAGCAAAGUGGCCAACAGAUGGCACCAUCUGAACAAACAAAUGAGGAGGCUGGUGGAGGUACCCCUGAAAACACUGAGGACAAAGCAGACUUUGAUAUCCCAACAAACCUCCCUCAGACUCAGAAGGACCUCCUUAUGCGUAUCCAGAAUCAACAGAAGUCACCCAAUCAGGAGAAGCAAGAAAACAAUGAAAGCAAAGAUGAGAAUGAUGAUAACUGGUAUUCAAGUGAUGAGGACGCAGCAUCGAAACCAAAACUUGCAGAUGUCUUAAAAAAUUUAGCACAUAAUGCACCAACGAAGGAAUCUAAAGAGGCUCCCAUGUCCCAGAUGUCCAACCAAGCCAACUCAACCCAGGGUGCUAAUCAAUCUCACCUUCCAACUUUUGACAUUGGGAAGAUGCUUUCAAUAAUACGACAUGGACCUGAACAAGAUUCAACUAACAGCAACAAGCCAAAGGACCCACGAAUGGCUCCACCUAUAUCUGAUCCCAGGACUAAGCCAGCUGAGAUUACUAGUCCCCGCCCAGAACCAGUUGAAAUACCAAUAAAGGAAGCACCCGCUGAGCGCUACCAUGGCUCUUAUAAACUCAUAGCUAUUUCCCUAAGUUUGCGAAAUAAGCCCCAUUUUACAGUCAAUCCAGAAGAUCCAAAAUAUCGAAAGGACCCUAGAAUAGAAAAAUAUGCCAAUGAAUACAGACCUGAAGCUGAAAAACCAGUGAGAAGAUCUAGUGCUGAGGUUAAACAGAACAUAGUACCUGAUCCCAGAUUAUCAAAGUCACAAGGUCAAAUUAACUUUAACCCUCCUAUCUCAAUGCCUAAUUUAAGUCAACCUCCCCCAGGAUAUCCCAUAAUGCCCCCUUUUAACCCUUUGCUUGCCAACCGACCUCCAAUGGGAAUGGGUCCAGGAGCCCAAGGAUUCAUGGGAGGAAAUCAAGGAUUUGGAAUGUCCCAAGGAAUGCAGAACAUGACCAGACCACAAAGACCGCAGGACCCCAGGUCUAUGCCUAAUCCUAAUGACCCCAGAAACCAGAACAAAAGAGUAGAUCCAAGGAUUCAAAAUAAACCUAAUGAUCCACGAUCCCAAAACAAACCCAAUGAUCCAAGGACUAGAUCUGACCCAAGACUACAGAACAAUAAUGACUCCCCAUCUCAAGGUCAGAAUACAGAUCCAAGAUUUCAGAACAAAUCUCAAGACCCCAGACUGCAGCAAAAUACAGAUCCCAGGCUGAGAAAUGUUGGUGCAACUGAUCCUAGAUCGGGCAAUCAGAGUCCUAAUGCCCCAAACUCAAGUCCGCGAGACUUGCCACCUUUGUUAGAAGCCAAUCCCCCUACAGUUCAUCGAACCACUGCUCCCCCUCCCUCUUCCAGACCUUCCCUCAAGCCAUUUAUUGACCGGCAACAAAGCCUACAAGAAGGAUCAUCUGGGGAUGAUUCGGAAGCACAAGUUGAUCCAAAACUACUAUGGGGAGCUCAGAAAGACAAAAAGGACUCUGAUGAUGGGAGCAUUUCUCCCAAGACAGAUCCAUCAACUAGUAGGGACUAUAGAUCAGGAGCUAAGUUCAAAAUCAAGAAAAAAUCCUCAACAGGGAAUAAUGAAAAUGAUGCCUCUCAGCAGAGGAAGGGUUACAUAGGAGUGAGGAAAGGGAGCAUGGAUUAUGCUUCCCCCCUAGGUGCUGAAUCAAAACAAGAUGGACAAUCUAGUUAUUCAACUUACAAUCGACCACCAAAUAAUACAGCUUAUAACAAGAAACCUCUCAAAUCUGAAAAAGCAAAAACUGUGAAAGACAAUUCAGCUAUGGACACUGAUGUGAGUGUAACAGUUGCCAAUAUGCCAGCACCCCCUACAUUAACAUCAUCUAACUAUGACGAGACUCAAGCUCGCGUCUCCCCCCUUAAUGGCUUACAAAAUAUGGACACAAAUUCUGACCCCAAUGUUAAUGUAAAGGACUUAUUUAAAACAAUUGAUCCCACAGCAUCACCAUUUUGCUAACAAUAUAAUCACUAUACAGUGUAUUCUAAUAUAAAUAAUAAUUAGUAGUAUUUGGCAGAAUAGUUCAUAACAAGUAUAACAGUUUUUCUUCCCCAGUUAGUCCAAUCUCUUAUAUAACAGCCAAACCAUACAUUUGUAAUCAUAUUGAUGUUGAACCAUGCAUAAUACCUUGAUAUAAAAUACAUUGUUGCGAUAGAAAUGGUGGCAGCAAUUAGAUUAAAGGAUGUGCGUAUAUAUUGUGAGUCGUCUCAUUGUUUUAGCUGUGUCUUCCAGAGUAAAGGUUGAUCUUUGCAUCAAGUCUUUCUUGACCUCAAAGCUAGGGAGCGCUAAUUGUUUGUUUAAAACUGGUCUGCCAUAAUGUGGGCAUAGCACCUCUAACACCUAGUAUGCAUGUGUGAAUCACUGAAUUUGAAAUGUAUUUCCAGUCAGAAGUUUUUAAAUGAAUAGAAAUUAAUGACUGCAGAAGGCAAAGGUGUUAAGGCCAUUGGCAUUUUACAGAAAGGCUUGAUGCAAGACUUAUCGAAUUGCUGUAUGACCCUCAAUUUAUUAAUUGCAGUAUUUCUUAUUAUAUGGAAAAGAACUUGUUUCUUCCAUCCUAUUGAAAUCCUUUGUAGAGUGCAAUGGAGGAAUUCUCCCAUGAAUCACCUUGUAUAAGAUAUGGGGCUUAUAAGAAAAAAGCUCCCCAGAAUCUUCAAAUAUAUGUAUUGUAAUGCAAGAAUGUGUGUGUAAUUUUCUUCAGAAUAAUUAAGUGAACAUUAAUGAUUGCUGUAGAAGUAAAUUGAAGCAUUCGAAAUGUUCACUUUGAAUGUAAUUAUUAAUAGAUAUACCAAACCCGUUGUACCAUUGUCCACAUAUAUUACAAAUCCUGCUACAGAGAUGAAAUGAGAUUGAUAUUAGAUAUCAGAGGCACCAACUUCACUUUUCAGUAUUACAUGUCUAUUAUAGUAGGAUAUCUGCUUUUCAAAUUAGUUCAUAGAGAAACAUUUAUAUAGCUUGAAAACAGGAAGGGAUUCCCAUGAUUGUUGUGUGGAUUGAGAAUUGCACAUGUAAAAAAUAAAUACUUUGUUGAUUUUGUAAUGAAUAUGUGACUUGUCAGUCAGGUAUUUAAUAAAUUACUGAAGAUUUGUUGAUUAUAUAAAUGUAAAGUAUGACUUUGUUAUGUUAUCACAAUCAAAGCACCAGGUGGGGACUAGAGCUUAAGGAUUUUUUAACAACAAAUUGGCAUAUCAUAGGAAAAAACACCAAUGGCAACAUGUAUGAAAUCAAAGUAGAAAUAACUGACAUAUGAAGGAUUGAAAAGAAACUCAUAUUUUUGAAAUACAUGUAUAUCUUAGCUUUUUAAUUUUUUUCAAAUUUUCACGCCAGUUUAAUUUGAAAGAGGAAAAACAAGAUAACUGCCAUUUGAUGUAAGAAAUAUAAAAAAAAAGUUGCUCCACUUUUAAUUAACAUAUUGAGUACUUUU